CUGCGCUAACUUGACGGUGUCCACACUCUCACUCGCUGCGGGAGGCAAAGUGCUCCGGUGUCCGUCCACAGACAGAGUUGUGGUGGGAGCCGCACACUGAGCCGCUCCCUCAGGUCCGCUGCGUGCGUGUUUUUGCGCUCUGAGCUGAUCUGCGCCUCCACCUGCGCUGGAAUGACAGCUGCGCAUCCGGCUCUGGGUGUGACAAACAGACCGAGAGUCAGAUUUGGGCAUCAGCAGGCUGAGUGUGGGCGCGGAGGACUUGACUUUACUGUCUCCUCCAUCAGUUUUCUGCGCGGUUUGCGUCUCCAGACCAGAUGUUCCGUGGGGACUGUGGAAGCUGCGGAUGCUCAGUGACUUGUCGCUUCUGCUGAUGUAGUGCUGCUCAGGAGGCUGAAGUUGGAAGUCUUUGAAGGCGUGAGCUCCAAAUGCAUUCGCUCCUGGGCCGGGAGAAGAAAGAAGAAGAAGCCGGGUUUGGGAUCGAGCUGGGUCUGUCUCCGGGCUUUCUGCUGCCCCAAGCUGCCACCAUGUUCAGCUGCGUGGGCUGCUUCUGGGUGCUCCUGUCCUCCGCUCUGGUCGCCGUCUGCAGCUUCAGCUUCAUCUCUCCUGCGUGGAUUGUUAAGGACCAGCUGAGGAACAACAACCACCAGCAGCAGCAGCACCACCACCACCACAACAACAAGGACUCCGUGAGCUUCGGCUUGCUGUGGCACUGCUCGGAGUCUCUGGAUCACAUGUACGGCUGCUACGCCUUCGGGGAACUGGGCAAAUUUGCAGAGAUCCCCUCCAGCUCUUGGCAGACCAGUGCGGUGCUGUGUUCAGGAGGCUGUGCUCUGCUGGCUGUCAGCUCCCUGUUGGCCAUCAUCACCAUCUUCCUGCCCAGUGGAGGGUGUGAGAGGAGGAUCUGCACCUUGGCUGGAUACAUGCAGAUGGCUGCAGUUUUCAUCAUGGCUGCCGGACUGCUGGUCUACCCUUUCGGCUUAAACUCCUCGCUCGUCCGCUCUUUCUGCGGAGACUCUGACAUCUACUACGCCGGCGAGUGCCAGAUCGGCUGGGGCUACAUGCUGGCUAUCGUUGGAGUCAUGCUCACCGUCUUCUUGCCCUUUUUUGCCAAAUAUGCACCGAAGGAGCAGCUGUCCCCCACCCCUUUGCCCACGCUGUUAUAGUUGUGUCUUGUUUCCCCCCCCUCCUGAUCAUUCUCGCUAACCUGGGUUUGAUGUCAUGGAAGGACACCUGCAUCUUGUUUUUGAAGGUGAUGCUCCUUGGGAAGCCCCACUCAGCGAUAAGUAAAGCUGACACUACAACAACAAACACUGUCUUCCUGCAUCCGUUAUGUAAUUAAUUCAAAAUCAGUUCUUUUAAAUGGAAUGUUUUAUGUUAUAUUAGUACUUGGUGGUUAUAAUUUCUUCCCUCAAAAUAUCAUGAGUUUGACAUACGUCUUCAUGUCAGCUUUGGAGAUGAUGCAGCUGGAAGAUGAAAGGACUGAUAAACUCAAAAAACAAACAUAGCAAGUAAUUGCUAAAAAAAAUAAGUGUUUACCUUUGUUGCUUUUUUUGUGAAAACAAGAACAUAUGUAACAUUCCUAAACAGACUGGAAUUUGUCUGCAUAUAGAGAGUGGAAGCAUGGCAUUUUGUGGCAGUAUGAUUGGAGCAAUCAAACAAUGUUUCAGCAAGAAUUUUUGAAUAACACUAAAGUCAGCAAGAGAGCCAAUGUGAACGGUCAACGAUUGGGACAAUUCAUGGAUGUAGACCCGAGUGUCUUAACUCUGAGGGAGCUGCAUCUACAUUGUACAGUGCUGGACUGUAAAUAUGGUCUGGAUUUAACAGAGCUGAUGUUUGAGGUUUCGAAACAACACGUUGAUAAGAGAAUUCCAACGCUUUGAAGGAUUUUUCUCUUCAGACUGUUUUUGCCCUCCAGUUUUGUGACCGGGCAGCAAACCAGUGGGAGUCAAGAAGAAGUUUUAGCUUUCAAAGACAGCAAACAAAAGGACAAUAGACACAGCAUCAGACCUGCCGAAAGGACAAAUGGAUCAUCUUCUCUCUUCUCUAACAAGGAAGCAAAUCAUAAUGACAAGUAGUUGUUUCAGAGCAGUGUUGUCAAAAAGAAAUUGUUAGGAUAUUCCAUCCUUUUAUCAACCUUUUUCCCAGAUUUGUUUGUGUAAUGUAACUCGCUUGUUUUUCUGUCUACAACACACAACACUAAACACUCUAAUUCAGGAACAAAUGAUUGCAAAAGGCAGGGAGAUGUAGGAAUUUUGUCGAAAAUGCAUGAUAAGACAGCUUUGUUAACGGUAGAACAAUUGAUCUAGAUUUUAAACAUGAUCUGACCAACUUGUGCCUUUUAACAUAACCAAGACAAGUGUUUAAUACAAUUAUCAGGUAAUCAUCUUUUUCUGCUGAAAAACUGUGGAUCCUGUUGUGUGAAUUUUUUUUUUCUAUUAUAUUUUUCCUCUCAGCGGUAAGUCUUUCUCCUGUACUUGAUGCAGUAUGAUCUCAUUAACUUGAGAAAAUGUUCUGGAGGAAAAAAAAUGAUGUCUUCGAAUCCUUGGAGAUAAUGGCAGACAGAAAGAAAUAAACGAAAGUGAUGUACUUGUGUUCAAUUACGCCCUGAGACGUUUAUGCCAAUUAUCUAGAAAAGGUAAAUCACUUGAAUUGCUGUAUUAAAAGGUUGUGACAUGCACAGAUUAAUUCCUGGCAUCCUUGUCUUAUGUGAUUUAGAAUUUGAGUGGUAGAUGAGGGAGCUGUACAAACUGAACUUCGCCUUUGGUCAUCAUUGCUGAGCUGCCACAUUAAUUCACCUUAUGUGUAAAACGUGGCUUAAAAUAAUUCACUCCUCAAAUAAGCUAAUGUGUUGGUGUGUUUUUCCGUCAACCCAUUUCUCCUUUUCAGCGCUGGCACCAUUCCUGUCAUGUCCCAAGGACAAAAUGUCUACUUCUCCACUUACUGCCCCUGUACACUGCCAAUUUCAUCAAGCUAGACUCCCUUUUCUAGUGGGUGUUUAUGUGCGUAUUCGUGUUUAAUAAUGGGUUGGAGUUUGCUAAUUCGUUAAACUUUAAAGAAUCCCCAAAUUAGGUUUCCCAUAUUAACAAGUCCUGACAUUAAAAAAAUUACUAUGAUUAUGUUGCCAUAUUUGAAGAAGAUCAGGAGAGGACUGUUGGUAUUGUAUUGGACCUCAUACUGUGCUUGACUGUGUGGGAAUGACUGGCGUGACUGCACUGGACUUAUUCCCCUAUUUGUUGAACCAUUGUGUGUAAAGUCUCAGCACUGGUGAAACUGUUUUUGGUAGAGUAGAAUUAUUGUUUUUUCCAUUGUGAUGUUUGACUGUAAAUAAACUAACUGUACUUGAUAUCA